AAUUCGUGACAAGCAAUUUUGUGUGCUGUAUGGUGGUGUUACGAUUUCAAUUAAAAUAGUUAAAAUAAUUGUUUGAGACAAUGGAAUGUUUAAUCGGAAUACAAUUUAAAGAUUUCGUACUAGUUGCGGCUGAUAUGACUACGGCUCAAUCUAUUAUGGUUAUGAAAAACGAUGAAGAGAAAAUUCAUAAAAUGUCUGAUAAACUUAUUAUGGCAGUCUCUGGAGAAUCUGGAGAUACUACACAAUUUUCAGAAUAUAUAGGAAAGAAUAUACAGCUUUAUAAAAUGAGAAAUGGCUAUGAAUUGUCUCCAAAGGCAGCUGCCUUUUUUACAAGAAGAAAUCUAGCAGAUUACCUUAGAAGUAAAACACCAUACUUUGUCAAUUUACUAAUAGCUGGUUAUGAUGAUAAUACUGGACCAGAAUUAUACUUCAUUGAUUAUCUAGCAUCUUGUGUUAGAGUGCCUUAUGCAGCACAUGGUUAUGGAGGUUUCUUCUCUCUUUCCAUUUUGGACAGAUAUCACAAAUAUGAUUCAACAGAGGAGGAAGCAUAUAUAUUAAUGAAAAAGUGUGUUAGAGAAAUACACAAAAGAUUGAUAGUUAAUCUUCCAAAUUUUAAGGUACAAAAGGUAUCUAAAGAUGGUAUAAAAGAUUUGGAACCUAUAACAGCAAAGAUCUUGGCAAUAGAAGAUACUGAUAAAGCAUAA